CUUGUAAUCAGCUGAUUCUAAGUUUGCUGAAGAUAAUAAUAAUAAAUAAUAAUAACAAUAUAAAUUUACUUGUAUGUGAUAGUUAAUAAUUGUUGUUAACAGUGCAUGUACUCUGAUAAACGUUUUAAUAGAAAUCAACAAAGAUAGAUUCUUUCAAUGGGUAUUGAUUUUAUAUUUACAUGGAACUACCUAUGCAAAGGUCAACUCUUUGACUUACUCUCAAUGGUAUACUGCAUUAAAAAUAUGAAAACUACCUUCAGAGAUCAUCGAGGAAAUAUAUUUAUGGUAUCAGCAAAAGAUUGGUGCAUAUGACAAGCAGAUAUGGGAAACAAAAAUAGAAGAAAGGGAGCAGAGAAUAUAUGGGCUCAACCAUAUUCAGAUGAGAAGUGCAAAACCAAAUCCAAAUUUUAUAGAUCUUGAUUUGGUUAGAGGUUCAUCUUUUACUAAAGCAAAACCUAAACAAGGGUUUAUCAAGGUCACUAAAUUGGCCACCCUGAGAUUUAUUUUCUUUCCAUUUUACGGAAAAUGGUGGAUAGAGCAAACUUCAUAUUAUGUGUUUAUAAUUUGCCUUAUAGUUUAUAUUUUACAUGUUAUUAAUAUUACCAUUUUUUGCUUCUAUCCAACAGCUAAAGUUACCAAUUCAGAGCCAUUAUCAUGUAUGGAAAUAACAAUUCCAUCCUUGAUGUUCUGGAUAUUAUGUUUAAUUCACUCUCAAAUAGUCGCUACUAGUCCAAGCAACGAGGUCGAAAAGACAAGAAUAAAGCUGAAGCACAUCAGAAAGAGACAACACAUGAAGAGGAAGAGAAAACAAGACUGUCAGGAGCAGCUGAGGAUAAGAAGGGAGAAAUUCUCGAAUAAAGUAGAAAAAGAUUUGUACAAUGUGAAUGAGUUGCUAGAUUCCGGUUUCAAGAAUAAACUUGAAUCAACUUCCAACUGUGAUGUCGAAAAGAGUGCAACUGAAAAUAGAAUAGAUACUGUUAAUGGUUGUUGUAGUACCGACUCAGAAAGCGAGACCAAGACUGUUUUUAGUUCAAGAAGGAAAUCAUCUACGGUCACUAAAUGCAAGAACUUAAUACCAAAAAUCAGUAUCACCUCCCAAGAUAGUAACUGCGAGACAGAUGAUGAACCUGUACAAUCCUCACCUGACGCAAAGAUUAAUGAAACCUCUCUUGGUGAUCUCACGUCUUCAGCGACUGACUGGAUGGGUGUAACGACGAAUAGUGAUUGUAGUUAUAGUUCUGACAUUGAAAACUUGUCUGAUAGUCAAAUAAAUAAUGACAAGGAUUAUGCUACGUAUGACAAUGAUAUCGCACCUACAGCCAUAUUGAACCCACCUUCCGCUAAAGUUAGCUGCAUAAUUUGGGAGAAGAACGAAAUGAAAACAGCAGACCUGUCCAUGAUAGAAAUUAGUUCGGUCAUUAUAGGAACAGUAGACUCAAUGCCGGAAAGCAAAGACUAUUUUUACAUAGGAGUAUUGAUAUCAUCGACUUUAGCGUUCUUGCCAGUCAUCUGUAAAUUUUUAAAUACUUCUUCCUACAGCUUCUUUGAAUUCAAAUGUUUUAUUGACAAUCUUUAUGUAAAUGUUAGUCAAGCUCUUCCCAGUAAUUCGACUACCAUAUUAUUGUUGCAUCGAACAAUGGUGGGAGAAGUUAUUCUUCAAUCUCGACGAUGGGUUGUGUCAAUAUUCUCCGGCAAUUUUUGGGAGUACAUUGUGAUGACGAUAGCUCUAGUCCAGCGCUGGGUGCUGGCUUUGAUGAUAUUCUUUCUCUUGGCUGUGGCAGAAAGAACUUUCAAGCAGAGACUUUUGUACGCGAAAUUGUUCUCUCAUUUAACAUCAUCAAGACGAGCUAGAAAAUCGGAAAUACCGCAUUUCCGAUUGAACAAAGUGAUAAACAUCAAGACGUGGUUGUCGGUGAGAUCUUAUCUGAAAAAGAGAGGACCUCAACGAUCCGUCGAUGUGAUUGUUUCUACCGCUUUUGUUGCUAAUUUGUUAUUGUUGACCUUUCUAUGUGUUGAAGUUUUGAAGGACACAGUUUUAUUUUCUCAGUAUUAUUUGGAAGCUUUAAUAUGGUGUAUCGGAUUAGGUAUACUACUCCUGAGAUUCAUGACUUUAGGUACUAAGAUAAACAAGAAGUAUAGAAAUCUUUCAGUUUUAAUCACCGAGCAAAUCAACCUUCACCUGCAAAUAGAACAGAAACCUCAAAAGAAAGAUGAGUUGAAUGUUGCAAACAACGUGUUAAAACUUGCCAUAGAUUUAUUGAAAGAACUGGAAAAUCCGUUUAAGAUAUCAGGACUGUCAGCGAAUCCCAUUCUUUACAAUUGUACCAAAUUAAUCAUUUUAUCAGCACUAUCAGGAGUAUUUUCGGAGAUGCUUGGGUUUAAGCUGAAAUUGCACAAGAUUAAACUGAAAUGAAUUUAUUUGUUGCGUAGCUGUUAUAGUCAUAGUGCAGUGCACAUACUAUUUUUUUAUAUUUAUGCCUCGAAUAUAUUUCACACAAUAAAAACUCAUGAACAAAAUAUACGCACCACUUUAGAAAAAAUAUUAAUAGUUAUUUAUACUGCGUUCCACGGUCACCUUUCAGUACAGACUCUUAUGAAGAACAGUGUUGCCAAGAGAUAUUAAUAUUUAUAUUAAAUAAAUUUUAAAGUAUUUUAAAAAAUUGAUACUGGCCCUUUUAGCAUUAAGCCACAUUAUGUGACUUAUUGUGUUAAAAUGGCCAAUUUCAAUUUUUUGCAUUUUGUUUGGUCAAUAUUAAAUUCAAAAGAAAGCUGUAUAAAAAAACAAAAAUUUGACAUUGGCCCUUUUAGAACCAAGCCACAGAAUUAUAAUUAAUAUUCAAAUGAUAUAUCUUUAAUAUCGUAGUACCUUCUUUCAUAGUACCUAUCUAUGAAAUAUUUAAAAAUAAUAAAACCCACAGAUUUUCAAAUCAAGAUGUUUUGGACUUCUGGAAUAUUCUAUUUAGACGGACUUUAAGUUCGUCUGCUUAAAACCGGCAACACUGAGCUGCAAGGUUCCAUAAGUUUUAUAUUGGGAUAUGCUGCCCACACUGCAAAGUGACUGCGGAACGCAGAAUAGUUAGCUCAAUAGACUUUAAACGCUCAUGACUUAAGAGCUACAAUCUUCUAUUCCAGAGUUCUAUUAUAUUUUUACACUUUAUUACAUGUACAGCACUUGCCUGAAUUUCUUUAUUACUUCUUUUUAUUUUUGUUAACCUUUGUGAUUCUUGCUUUUAUUUCAUUAUCUUUAAGUCUCUUUUCUGAUAUUUUCACUCCCCAAUACAUAAAUUAUUGGUUGUUCUGAAGCUAUUUUCUUGUGACAUUUUUAUGAUUAAUUAUUUAUAUGGGAAAUACGCCACAAUUAAAAUGAAAAAAAUAAUUUUAUUAACGUUUUUUUGUAAUAUUUUGUAUUUUGACAACGGCACCCGAUUUGGGCGUCGAAACGUUAAUAAAAUUAUUUUUUUUCAUUUUAAUUGUGGCUUAUUUCCCAUAUAAAUAAUUAAUCAUAAAUUAUUGGAUAUAUAACUUGGAUAUUUCUUCAUGGUUACAUACAUUUUCAAGGGGUUUGAGGUCAAGACCGUUACGUAGUCACUCCAUUACAGCAAUAUCAAUGCCAUGCAAGUAAUGGACAACCUAUUCAGUCUCGUGGAAGGACUAAAUUUUUGGAUUCUUGUAGGAUUGAAUUCUUAGAGAAAUUCUAGUGCUAAUGUAAGAGUUAGGCUACGGUCAGACAAGCGACAAUUUACGGCGCUGUAGGAGCAGUAAAACGAAGCGCGAAAAAUAGGUCCUAUCCUAUGUUGCUAUGUUGCUGCGCGAUAUUUUACAGCUCACUCUGGCCAUCCACUACACUCACCGUAGGAGACCCAUUUUCGCGCUUCAUUUUACUGCUCUUACAGCGCCGUAAAUUGUCGCUUCUCUGGCCGUAGCCUAAAUAAUGUGUUUUCGAAAAACUUCAAAUUAAAAUCUGGAGUUCGACAGGGAUGUAUAACAUCCCCCAUUCUAUUCAAUACAUAUAGUGAACACAUGAAUUAAGUUUUUGAGGAACGGCAAGGUGGAGCAACUAUAGUAGACUAUUUACUCUUGGACUAUAGGAGGAAGAAAUCAAAAACCUAAGCUGUGCUGAUGACUUAAUGACACUGUUAUAUUAGCUUCUUCACCAGAAGAAUUGAAACAAAUUAUGAAUAGGCUAGGCACGGUGAGUACGGAAUAUGGUUUGCCAAAUAACUAUUCCAGAAAACCAAUGUAAUGAUCAUCGAUAGAAUCAGAAACAACCAAACGGAGAUAAGAAACAUGGCAGGUUACAAAGUGGUCAGGCAAUUUAAUUACUUAGGCUCCGUUACUACUAACAGUGGAGUAUGCGAAGACGAGAUCCGUCGACGCAUCACCAUGGCCAGAUCGGCAAUAGCCAAACUCACAGAAAUAUAGUAGAACACUGACAUUAAAAAAACAAAAAUUACGCCUUGUUCGAGCAAUAUUUUCUAUCGCCACCUACGGUUCAGAAACUUGGACUAUCAAAAAAGCUGAUUCGAAGCGCAUGUGGCGUAUGAAAUGUGUGUCUACUGUAGAAUGUUGCGCAUACCAUGGACCGCAAAUCGCACAAAUAAUUCAAUACUG